AUGGGUAAAGAUAAGAAGAAAGACAGUAAAAAGGGAGAGAAGUCUUUACCUCCCCCUGCAAAAGAUCCAUCUUUUGACGUUGCUACUUCCCUCCAGAACAUUCCUCCACCUGCAAGUCUAGUGGACGAACAGUUAGUUGCCCAGUUGGCUUCCAAAGAAGAAGUAAAAGAGACAGAGGCACCCCCAGUCCCAGAACUCAUUGAGUAUGAGGAGCCGAUUCUCACGCAGCUCAUUGUUGAAAGCUAUGAAGGAGAAAAGGUCCAUGGAUUGUAUGAGGGAGAAGGAACAGCCAAAUUUCAAGGAGGCAAUGUAUACAAGGGCAUGUUUUCGGAAGGCCUCAUGCACGGACAUGGAACCUACACCUGGGCUGAUGGAGUGCAGUAUGAGGGAAACUUUGUGAAGAACGUGCAGAUGCAUCAUGGCAGUUACACCUGGCCGGAUGGCAGCAGGUAUGAAGGUGAAGUGAAGAAUGGGAUCCGGCAUGGCUUUGGCAUGUACAAGUGCGGCACCCAUCCUGUUUCAUACAUUGGCCAGUGGGUUGAAGGCAAGAGGCAUGGCAAGGGAACCAUCUACUAUAACAAGGAAGGUUCUUCCUGGUAUGAAGGCGACUUUGUAAACAAUGUAAAAAGUGGAUGGGGGAUAAGAUGUUAUAAAUCUGGAAAUAUCUACGAAGGCCAGUGGGAAAGGGACAUGCGCCACGGCGAAGGGCGGAUGAGAUGGCUCACGAUGAAUCAGGAAUACACAGGGAAGUGGGUUAGUGGCGUCCAGCAUGGUUAUGGCACCCACACCUGGUAUCUGAGGAGAAUACCCGGGUCACAGUACCCCCUACGGAACGAAUACGUGGGCGACUUUGUCUAUGGGGAUCGUCAUGGAAGUGGCAAGUUCUUCUUUGCCAGCGGAGCGAUGUAUGACGGGGAGUGGGUUUACAACAAAAAGCACGGCAUGGGGAAGCUCGUGUUCAAGAAUGGACGUGUGUACGAAGGUGAAUUCAUAUAUGACCAUAUAGCGGAAUAUCCCACUUUUCAAGCUGACACUAUGGGCGUGGAAGAUCUGAGCCGCAUUCUUACAAAGAGCCCCUUUGAUACUGAGAGCAUCAAAGUUGUUGAUGGUACUGGAGGUUCAGCUGCACUGGGCUCAAGCAUUGAAAUAGAUAUAUCUACUUUGUUGGCGAUAUUUCCAGAGAAAGACAGGAAAGAAGAAAUCAAGCAGACAGAGUUUGCUGUGCUGAGACAUAUCUCCGAACUGAGGAGAAUCUACACCUUUUAUAGCAGUCUAGGAUACGACCAUUCUCUUGACAACACUUUCCUGAUGACGAAGCUUCAGUUCUGGCGGUUUUUAAAGGAUUGCAAAUUUCACCACUGCAACCUUACCCUUGCUGAUAUGGAUCGGAUCCUGAAUGAUAAAACAUUACUUGAUGAGAUCCAUUCUCCAUAUGAGACUUUGCUUCUUAGAAUGUUUUUGACAUACAUUAUCUAUUUGUCAUUCCAUAUCUAUCAUAAGGAGUUUAAGGAUACAAGUCCCCGCCUGUUCAAGUGCUUCUCCAAGCUGAUGGCAGAGAACAUCAUCCCCAACGCGUGCCAGAUAAAAGGCACCUUGUUUAGCGACCGCCAACAAACCGUGUAUGCGAUCAACUACAUUGACAAGUGUUGGGAGAUAUUCAGGGCCUUUUGCAGAGCCAGUCCCACUGCUCCUUACGAACCUACGAUGAAGAUGAGGCACUUCCUCUGGAUGCUGAAAGAUUUACGACUCAUAAAUAAACAGCUGACAGCAACCAAAAUUGUGAACAUUCUGGCAAAAGAUAGCCCAUGUGUCCGUGAUGGGGAGGACACUAACUUGGAGCAUGAGCUUGUUUUCCUUGAGUUUUUUGAUGCACUUCUGGACAGUGCCCUGAUCUAUGUCACGGAUGAGAUGCUGAAACAGCAAGCAGAAGAAGCCAGUCGGAUGGAGAGCUCCUACAGAACAAAAGAUUACUCAGAUGGGACUCGGGUCUCUCCUGUAUCUCGGGAAUUGUUCUCUGGUCAGUCUGUUCAAACCAGAAGCACAAGCAGUGGAGAAGGAAGCAACGAAACCAUGGAGGCCAGCGCAAUCCAUGUUAGCAGCAAGUCCUCUGCCAGCAAGAUUGUGCAUUUUGUGGAAGUUAGUAAGACAAAGAAGUCUGAGAAGGGAAAAGCCAAAGAUGGCAAAAGAGAGGACAGAGGCUCCCGACACCACAGUGCCAAAUCUCCCCAUAGAGAGAAGGCCACCGCUCCUCUCCCCCCAGCAACAAGCCUCUCCUUCUCCACCUCUGUGGAAGACAGCGGAGUGUUGGUGACAGUUCAGUCGGACUCAGAAAUGGAGGAAGAAGUAAUUCUUAGUGCUCCCAUGAAGGAACUGGCAGAUAAGCUCCAAGAAGCCAAAAAUAGCCAGAAGGACAAACUCAGUUUGUGGAUGAGUCAGAUAUACAUUUUCUUUGUCAACAAAUUCUUUAACAGUUACAAGCACUUGCAAGUCGUGCAGGAAACAGUCUUAGACAAUCGGGUUCGGGAAGCCGAACUGUGUGAGCUGAAGAAGAUCCAGGAAGAGGAAGAUGAAGCAAAACUUAAUGCUCUGAGGGAAGCAGAAGAAGCCCGGAAAAUGGAAGAGGCUGCAGCAGAAAAAGCAGCUCUGGAGCUCGAGGAAAGCUUGGCCAGGGAGCUGGAGGAGGGCUCUGUGCAGCUCGUGUCUCCACCAAAGGAAGAAUCCCCCGUUUUGCUGCAGGCACUGGCGAGCAGCAAGGCUGCUGCGGUCGGGAAGAAGAAGAAGAAAGCGUAAGAACCUCAUAUCUACUCAGUUUUGAAUCUGAUGGUGCAGCUUUCAAAAAAUGGUUUCAGUGAUAUUAGCAAUGAAAUGUUUGUAUGAAGCGGAUAAACCUGUUGAAGAAAAUCCCACA